UUGGGCAGUCGUUUGCUAAACCAUUCAGUCGCUUUUUCCUCUAAGUCAUUUUCUCCCAAUAAUUCGAAGAGAAAGUUUUUCCCAUCUGAGGAGAGAGAGUGAUGAUCUCAGCUGUCAGCAUGAUCAAACUAGUUCUAGCUGCGCUGCUCCUGUCUACUGCCCAAGCCAGUGGAGACUGGGACCACCAUGACCACCACGAUGAAUGGAAGGCUCAACCCAUAAAAUACAUCAUCAAAGAGAAUCCCAAGCUUAUUACCAUCCCCCACCAUGUACCAGUACCUAAGCCUGUCCACAUCCCCAAACCAGUUCCAGUCAUCAAACACAUCCCAGUCCCUAAGCCAUACCCUGUACCCCACAUCGUAACUGUCACCAAGCACAUCCACAAGGAGGUCCCAGUUCCCAAGAUCAUCAACAUCCACAAGGAAGUUCCAGUGCCCAAGCCCUACCCCAUCCCCAAGGUCAUCCGAGUUCCCAAACCCUACGUCGUCCCAGUCCACAAAGAAAUCCCAGUGCCCAAGCCCUACCCAGUCCAUGUUCCAGUCCACAUCCCUAAACCAUACAUUGUACCCAUCCACAAACACGUUCCCAUCCCAGUGCCCAAGCCAGUGCAUGUUCCCAUUGAAGUCAUCAAGGAGAAGUCUGUUGUGAUCAAGAAGCCAGUGCCUGUCUACUUGGAAGAGAAACAUCAUGAUGGAGGCUGGGAAGAAAAAGGACACGGAUGGGACAAGAAAUAGACGAAUUAAUCCCGCAUCAUAACGAGCCUUGAAACAAACACCCGAGAAGAAAUAACAAUAUCAAAUCGAUGCACUCCAGCGGACAAUAGGGUUCACGGGUAUCAUUCGACAUCUGACGGUUACGGUUCUUUUUUCUCGGGACAUUCCAACAAUCGACGAAAACAAAUCGGCUACGAUUUACGGACUCUGUUGUGUUGCAAUUGUAAAAAAAAUAUGCAUGAUACUUGAUUGUUAGAAUGUGACAUAAGUCCACAGAAUCUCUUGCCAAGUUGUUCGGGAUCUGUGGACUAUGUUUUUGUACAAUAACUGUACAGUUUUCUCUUUGUUUUUAUUAAAGUCAUUUGCUUAUUUAUA